AUCAAAACAAACAGGUGGUGGUAGCAUCGGUCGGAAGAAGUCUAUAUAUAAACCUAAACCCUAUGAUAUAUCACACAAGUAGCCAUUGUAGCUCUCAAAAUCCUUGGUAGGUAGGUAAAACAUGGUUUACAACGUUCCCAAAGGCUCAGAAUUGCCGAAUAAGAAGCAGCUUCGGAAAGUAUUCCUGGACUGCGACGUAGAUGAUAACAAUGUGCUAACCAAGGAAGAGAUAAAGAAUGCAUUUGAUCGAUUCGGUUCCCUCUUCCCUGGUUUCAGAGCUUGGAGGGCACUGAAACGUGCCGAUAAAAAUAAGGAUGGAUGCAUCAGCCUGGACGAGCUUGACAACCUCAUUGAUUACGCUUAUAAACGUGGGUACUUCAACGUUGGUUGAUUAUAAAACUUAAAUUACUUGUAUUUAUUCUAAUACCUAGUUUUUCCGCUAAGCUUGAAAUUAGUUUCAGGUUUAAAAGCUUCUGUAUAUUACUUGUCUUUGUUUGGUUUGAGUUUGGGCUCUGAUAUAUGAAGUGAAUUUAGCCGAAGUCCAUGACGACGUAAUUCGAUUUCAUAUAAAAAGUCCUUAAUUUGAGCUUCA